AUGGUAACUCCUCCUAGUUUGAAGAUUGCUCAAAUACUAUGCGCUAGUUUAUGGUGUCUUUUCGCUGCUGGUGUAGUAUUUGGUUUUGCAGCAUUUAAAUCAGUGCUUCUCAGUGAAGGUGUUUACUCCGACCUAUGCCAAGCUGAUAAGUCUACAGGCCCCUGUGUUAAGCAGGAUCUGAAAUUGAACUUGCUUUUCACAAUCGCUGCAGGUGUUACGAACGUUAUCGCACUACCAGUUGGAUGGAUCUUAGAUCAUUAUGGACCAAGAAUCUGUGGAAUUGUUGGAUCUCUAUGGAUUGCAGCAGCUUCUUUGAUAUUCGUGUGGUCUCGUGAAUUGGAAUCUUACUGUGAUCCAUAUCUUCUGGGUUACACAUCCCUCGCUAUUGGGGGUCCAUUUGUCUUUAUUUCUAGUUUCCAACUAGCUAACAGCUUCCCAAAGAAAUCAGGCUCCAUUUUGGCUUUGAUAACUGGAACUUUCGACUCAUCAUCAGCAUUGUUUUUGCUAUAUAGAGUGACUUAUCAAAAGCACAACGGCCAUCCACAUUUACCUACUUUCUUCAAGUUUUACUUGAUAGUACCAUUAUUCAUCGUCAUUUGCCAAAUGGCCAUCAUGUCUCAUGAUUCAUACAAAACUCAAGGCGAAGUUGUCAAGUUGACUACAGAAGGCCUGGACGAAAAUGGUCAGUUAUUAGAAGGUGAUGAUGGGUCUGCUAUUAUUCCGAAUGUGCAAGAGCGUGAAUCUUUACUUUCUCAGGAAGCUUUAGAGUAUAACGAAAGCGUGCAAGCUCAAAAUGGUCGCAGAAAGUCAGUGCUUGAAAAUUAUGUGGAAGCUAAGCUUGAAAGGAGUUCUGGUGGAGCAUUUGGUAUCCUGCAUGGUCUCACGGUGAAAGAACAACUUCGUAACCCCUUAUUUUAUCUGAUGGUGAUCUUUGCCACGAUUUGCAUGCUUAGAAUCAAUUAUUUCGUGGCUACGAUACGUUCGCAGGAGGAUUAUUUACUGAAAGAUCCUCAGCUGGCUUCUAAGAUGAAUUCGAUUUUUGAUAUUGCACUACCGCUAGGUGGAGUUAUCUCUAUUCCAUUCACUGGACUGAUUCUAGAUCACUUAGACACUUUGAGCACUUUGACAUUGGUUUCUGUGGCUUCUAUUGCUAUCGGUAUCUUGGGUUUAAUUCCAAAUUCCUUCACUGCUAAUUUGUUAGGAAUAUUGUUGCUCGUAGUUUACAGACCAUUUUAUUACACUGUCAUUUCCGAUUAUGUUUCCAAGAUCUUCGGGUUUGAGACAUUUGGAACAGUUUAUGGGGCCCUUAUUUCAAUUUCUGGUGUCUGCAAUAUGCUCCAAAGUGUCCUGGAUAGUUGGACUCACAAUACUUUUCACAUGAAUCCAUUUCCAGUCAAUUCCGUGCUAGUGCUUGCUACCAUUAUCUCCAGCUUUGUUUUGCUCAGAAAUCUCCAACUAAACGUUCGCAGAAGAAAUUGUGCCAAGGCUGUGGCGGAACCUGGGCACACUACAUAUGGCAGUGCUUAG